CCGAGGAAAUAGAAACCGUGCGAAACCUGCAGUCACGGUUUCGCUGAGAUACUCGCAACAUGCGGGUGCGCACCACCAAAAAGGGGAAAAACAAAUAAAAACUUGGUAUUGCAAAACUCUGAGAACCGCGCAAGAUCUCUAACAAUUCCCACAGACAGUUUUUCAUUUGACUUCUCAAAAUGCCCCGAUAUUUUCAGUUUGCUCUUCUUUUAUUUUCAAUAACUUUCACCACUGCCGUAACUUUUGUCGGAGAUGAUCCUGUGGUGGAGCUCUCCUUGGGCAGAGUCCAAGGAGCUACGAUGCCGAGCUUCCGGAACAAGACCAUCUACGCCUUCAGAGGCAUGCGGUACGCGCAAUCUCCGGUGGCACAGCUUAGGUUCGCCAAUCCACUGCCGGAAACCAGCUGGGGUGACGAGGUGCUCCAGGCCACGUCCGAUUCGCUGGUGUGUCCCCAACCGGGCAUUGCUUCGUAUAUGACUGAGGAUUGCCUGAAGCUAAAUGUCUUCACCAAGAGCUUCGAGGACACAUUGCCAGUGAUGGUGUACAUUCAUGGCGGAGCCAAUGUCCUGGGAAGUGGACACAGCAGCUACGAAGCAGGACCUCAAUAUCUGCUGGAGCACGACAUAGUUUUUGUGGCCUUUAACUAUCGCCUGGGAGCUCUGGGCUUUCUCAGCACAAAUAGCAGUGAGGCGAAGGGAAACUUUGGUUUCCUUGAUCAGCUGAUGGCUCUGGAGUGGGUCAGGGAUCACAUAACUCACUUCGGCGGUGACCCGGAAUUGGUGACUAUUUUCGGCAUGAGUGCUGGUGCGAUGGCAGUCAGUCUACACCUGGCCUCGCCCCUUUCCGCAGGCCUCUUCCACCGGGCAAUCCUCAUGAGCGGCUCGGCCACCAAUCACUUUGACAUAGAUAACCUUUUCUGGACACGGAAACUGGCUCGUGAGCUGGGCUGUCCGCUGUAUGAUCCCAUGGAUGUGCUGGAGUGUCUGCGAAGCGAGAAUUGGACACGCAUUGUGGCAGUCUGUAAGGCAUGGGAGACCUAUCAGCUCAUCAACAUGAAGUGGAACUACGAGAUCGAUGGCCACUUUCUACCAAGCCAUCCCACGGAACUCUUCACGCAGGGACACUUCAAUAAGGUUCCCUUGCUGGUCAGUUACACGGCCAACGAGUUCGACUACAACGCCGAUGUGCACCUGGGAAACCAGCACUUGCUACACGAUCUUGGCUCUAACUUUGUGGAGUACGCACCGGAGCUGUUCCUCUAUCGUCAGGACGCAACAAUUGGAACAGAUCUGAAAGGUUUCUAUCUGGGUGAUAAUACGACUGAAAUCAAUUCGGAGAACAUUGAGGACUUUGGACGCAUCUUCUCCGAUGCGUACAUUGGCCACGGUGUCCACCGCCUCGUCCAACUAGCCAGGCCCUUCACCCCAGUCUACUAUAUGCGAAUGGAUUACGUGGGUGACCGCAGCCUCUCAGCUCCCUUGAAUGGCGAAGACAAGCCCGUGGGAGUGGGUCACGCGGAUGAUCUGCAGUAUGUGAUGCCGGGACUGUGGUAUGGUGCCUUGAUGGCAGAAAAUGAUUCGGAUGUGUUCAUGAUGGAGCGCUUAACCGGCUGGUUCACCCACUUCGCCAGAACGGGGACACCCCUAAACAGUACGGACAUGUGGCCACCCUGCAACGCGACGAACCUGGAGAUGCUCUACAACGGGGUGGUGACCCAGGUGGGUUCGCCCGGCUAUUCGGAGCGGUACGCCGUCUGGGACAAACUGUUUCCCACGGCCGCCCGGAGCGGAGGCGCUGCCUGGAAACUCAGCUUCGCCAUGGCAGUCGCCACUGGUGUGGCCUCCCGGCUCAUCGGGAAAUUAAUGUAGCAAUUAGGUGUGGAAAAAGCUUAUCAAUCGGCCGUUUAGAUUACGCUAAUGACCUUCGACCUUUGUGCUUGGCUGGCUCAUCGCUGGCGCAUUGCAGCUAUUUACUUUGAUUAAUUAAUCAAGAAAGGCGUGAGAUUUUCCCAGCUCUCCUUUGGGGCAAUUAGUCUCUGUAGUUUUUGGCCUACGGCGGAUUGGCCCAGCUUAAAUACACAUUAAUUUGUCUUU